AUGGUCAAUACAAGAAGCACCAAGGAAAAGAAGACCAAAGAGAAACUGCCGGAAGAACCAAAUAUACCGGUCAAGGAAGUCGAUCUCGAGACGCCAGAUCAUAGCAUAGAUGGAGCGGAGCGAAAAACGACAGAAUCAACACAUGCCAAACAUAACUACUUUGUCCUGGCAAGGUCCACUGAAGAGAAGCUACAACAGAUGUCGGACAAAGUGAAUACAACAGAUAAGGAGCGAGAGAAACAUAUCAAGAAAGAUAUGGAAGAGAUGAAGAAACGCUAUGAUACCGUGAAUGGCAAAAUGUGGAAUCUAGAGACGAGAAUGGACAAAAUGAGCAAGACCAAGCAGAAAGAGAUCAUUCAAAAGAACAUUGCCAACGUUAAAACACGCGUAUUGAGUUUGACCUUCUUCUUGACAUGCCUCGUGACCGCGUAUCCCUUCAGUCUCCUAAUAGGCAAGGCAGACCUGAAAAGAUACUUGGUCAUGUCUUCAUUCCUCACUGCCAUUUCACUCACUGCAAGGUGUAUUGUGGUGGCUUGUGAAUUCGACUACCACAACAGAAUCACGUUGUAUGUCACCCAGGUUCCCCUUUCAAUAGCAGCAUGUAUGUCCUUAGUGGCCCCGCCUCAAAUUUCCCUCCAGUGGUUCCCCAAAACAGAGCGACGCUCGGCAACUGGCUUCGCAUUUCUCUCUCUCUACCUUGGGAUCACGUACAGCUUCGUGAUAGACUGUAUUCUCAUUUACUGCUUCCAAGGUACCGAGAACUUAAUGCGCAAGUUUCGCUACUUUCAGAUGACUCAAGCUCUCGUCGCCGCUUUUGUUUUCUACUUGAUUCUGGCCCUUUAUCCGAAUAAACAAAGCGCCUACAUUCCGAGCUUCAUAACUCUUUCUCAGAGGUUCUCGCUGAAAGCAAGUGUGAAUAAUCUGAGAAGCAAGCGCAGAAUUUGGGUAUGUCUCGUCUGUUCUGGAAUUAUAAUUGGAAGCUACAUCUUUUUCUUUUACCAGAUUUCAUGGGUCGUUGACCAGCUAGAUUUGUUUGAAGAGCCCGACCAAAAUGAAAAAAUAAACACAACCGAUUUACUUCUAUUUGCUCUCGCUGUUUCAGCAGCGAUGAUUGUUUCUGUGGGUGUCGCAUACCUUCUAUUUCGAUUGAGCGAUCGAUGUGAGCGACUAUUCUUUUUCAUUUUAUCCAUCCUAGUGAUUUACACAUUUCUGUUCACUCUUCUUCUUCUCUAUAGUUAUCUACUCUUAGAAGUACUCGAUAGAUUAGCACUUUUGAUAUUCUUUCUCUGUUUGGGCUUGGGCGCAUCUACGUGUGUAAUUGUGUUCACGCCCCUCUUUGCCGAAUUUAUUUGCGACUUCAUGUAUCCAGUGCCUGAAGAUUUCACGUACGCCAUCUUUUUCAGCAGCGUCUUCGUUAUUCCCACUAUCUUCAGUAUUGGCUUUUUUCGAGCCGAUGGAAGAGACGACACAGAAUUCGCCAAAUGGGCCAUUUCUAUUGUGACUGGAUGCGCUAUUUUGGGCACAUCUGUUUUCGCUUUCUUGAAGAACACUAAAAACACCAGGUAUGGCUGGGAGAUAGGAGCUCAGAAGCGGGCAGAGCUGACGAAUGACGCCAGUAACUUGUAA